AUGAGAUCGCUUAAAGUUGUCUUAGUUGGAGACACCAAGGUAGGAAAGAGCUGUGUUCUUAGCCGCUUUGUUCAGGGCACCUUUGACCGUAACAUGCCAGCCACAAUUGGCGCUGCUUUCUUGACCAAAGUAAUUACUACUUCCUCCGGUCCGGUACGUCUUCAAUUAUGGGAUACUGCUGGACAGGAGAAGUUCCGUUCUCUCGCACCAAUGUAUUAUCGCUCAUCAUCUGUCGCCUUGAUGGUUUACGACGUCACUCAGAAAGAAUCGUUAGAUAGCUUAGAUGACUGGGCCUCUGAAAUAGCAGAUAAAGCUCCCCACAAUAUAAAAUUCGUAGUUAUCGGUAACAAAUGUGAUAUGACUGAAGAAAGAGUCAUAUCUACAGAAAUGGGUAAGAAUGUAGCACAACAACUUGGAGCUACGCUAUUUGGAGAAACUUCAGCCAAAACAGGCGAAGGGAUUUCAGAAAUCUUCUCGAAAAUUGCUGAGUUAGACAUUAAUCAAGAAGAAAUUAUCGAAACAACUACAAGAGUUCAGAACCGUAACAGUAACGGCGAACAGGGUGGCUGCAAUUGUUAA